AUGGCCGAGUACUUCACAGAGGAGCAGAUCGCCGAGUACAAGGUGGCGUUCGAUGACUACGAUAUCGACGGAGGCGGUUCGAUCUCGACUUCAGAGUUGGGUACAGCGAUGAGAGCCCUCGGUGCCUGCCCCAGUGAUGAGGAGCUAUGGCAGUGGAUCAAUGAUGUGGACAAGGACGGAAACGGUGAGCUCGACUUCCAGGAGUUCCUCAACCUCAUGAGCAAGAUGGUCGGCAGAGAUCCUUACGAAGAAUUGAGCGACGCGCUCAAGGUCUUCGACAGACAAGGGGACGGCCACGUCAGCGUGAAGGAGCUGAAGCAUGUGCUCACACGGAUGGGGGAUGUCUUAACCUCUGAAGAGGUUGACGAGUGGCUGGUUUCCGCCGAAGUUACCCCUGAGGGGCACAUCAACAUCGAACGCUUCCUGGAGCAGUUCUUUGGCUUCUUGAAGAAGAACUGA